AUCAAACCACAUCAAGAGCGUCUCGCUCGGAGAUGGUCACCAGAGCGGCUCGCGAUGGGCUCUUACACUCUCCGUCUAGUCUGACACACACCGGGUCCGCAGCGGCUGAUAAGUUAUUAGGAGAGGCUACCUGUAUUAAAAAAACAGUGUGACAAAAAGUCAGGCACGCCGAGGGGGAGAAGAUGAAUGAAGGGUGCCUUCCCACGAGGUUUUCUAUAGCAUGCGCUGGUGUUACGCCAAAGGGCAGGGAGAUUUGUAGAUGAUGGUGCUAAUUACGAGAAUGGUAACCAUAAUGCGACCAAGAUGGAAGCAAUUUAGGCAGAAGCCAUUUGCGUGUUACUCUUCCACCCACUAGCAGCACACACCGGGAGCUCGGGUGUUUUUGGGGGCUUUGGGUCGCGCUUGCAGUCUGGUUCCCGAGAGAAGACGCGCGUUUUGGCACGGCCUGCUAGAUUAAAACAAAAAGAAACGCUCGCGAAAUUUGUUUGCGCGUGAAUGGGACACGUAGAGCUUUUUUUUCCCUCCAAAAACAAGAUUUUUCGUUCUUCUCAAAGCGCUGGGAAAUGUAGCUUCUUGUUACGGAAGGCGAAUGGAAAAACGGGUCUCGGUCGGUUCAUUCCGAGCAUCGUCAAAACCCGUGCUUCAUAAUCCAUAAACUACAUGGAAUCGAUUACUGAAGCUACUUAGGAACGAUAACUGUCUGCUGAAGGCAUUGUAACAUCGCUUUCACAUUUAAAGGAAUAAAAUCGCCGUGCACCCAAUAAGCAAACAGACCGCGUAAAAAACUUUAUUUUUUUAAUAAAUGCAUGUCUCGUGUACUUUUCCUAUUGCAGGUGACUUUUACCGCAGUUUUUUUUUCUAGCCGAUCGCCCAGACUAUUUUGUCUUGUCAGUCACUGUUUCGUAUUAUGAGUCAGAAACAUUCCAUAGCUACAUAAAUGUGGAUCACUGAAAGCCACGUGCGUACGUCUGUGAAUGUUAACAUCACUGUCGGAAAGUGCCAACAGGCAUGAAAAGAGAAUCAAUAGCGGCUCUCCCAGGCCAGUGUUCAUGCUUAAAUAUAAUUUUCGUAUCUUUGAAAAAGAAGCAAACUCUCUGCCCUUGGAUGUCUCUCUCUCUUUGUGAUGCGGUUUUCCGCUGUAAGCCACCGUGUGUAGUGCUGUGUAAUUUUAUCCACGCUGCAACCUCUUGGUUCACACAAGACUGAUACCUUGCCUCCCCUUUUCCUUUGUAUCAAUUGGUCGGGGUUCGGGCUAUUGUUGCAGGAGGGCUCUUUUAUUUCUGUGCACACUGUCGAUCGGCGAAAUCUCACGAUAGGCUCCCUGCGAAACCGACUGGCUGUUUUCUCCUCCUCGGUCAGAUACAGUCUGCUUGGAGAGCGGAGCGGAACCCACGAGCAGCACCGACGAGGCGAACCCCACGCUGUCGCCACCGAGCCGGCUCUAACAGAUGAGCGCGACGUUUUAAACGGGGGGACCGAAGGAUACGGCACGUUUCGAUUUUAACGUUCGGCUGACCGGAUCGCUGACAAAUGAUACUUCUUUGAUGGGACCCCGUGUGCCAGCUCUUUCCAUUCCUGCGAGAUUUUGCCGACAUCCCGCCAUGCCACAAUGGUUAUAAUUCUGCUCUUGUUGUUACUGAGCUCCUUGGAUCCGAGUUUACAGGAAUCUCCGGCUCCGAGGCUGAGCAGGAGCCCAAGGGCGCCUUGUGCCAGGGGCCAGGCGUGUGACCCAAGGCAGCGGCGAGAUGCUGGCGGACGCGGCGGGGUUUACGAGCACCUCGGAGGAGCGCCGAGACGCAGGAAACUUUACUGCGCCACAAAAUAUCAUUUGCAAAUUCACCCGAACGGGAAAAUAGACGGAUCUCUUGACGAAAACAAUCCUUUCAGCAUACUCGAGAUCACAGCCGUGGAUGUCGGCGUCGUGGCGAUAAAAGGCCUGUUUUCGGGAAGAUACCUGGCCAUGAACGAGAAAGGACGCCUGUACGCUUCGGAAGUCUUCAACCGCGAGUGUGAGUUUCUGGAGCGCAUUCACGAGCUGGGCUACAACACCUAUGCAUCGCGGCACCACGCUACAACUCAGCCUCCGCCGACGGGGUCCGGGGCAGGGGGCCGCAAGCGGCGUGCCAGUUCUAAGAGGCAGUGGUACGUGUCCAUCAACGGGAAGGGCCGGCCCAGGAGGGGCUUUAAGACGCGGAGCACGGACAAAGCUUCCCUCUUCCUGCCCCGCGUUCUGGGCAACAAGGACCAUGAGAUGGUGCGCAAGCUCAGAGAGAGCCAGCGGCACCAGGCCGGCUCUCACAGAGCCCCCGUGGGUCGGGCGGAACGCAGGAGAAGGCGACACAGGGGCUCCAAGGGCCACAGCAGAAGGGCUGACAUUUAACACUCUCUUGACACAGACGGAGAGGAGAUCCGAAGCCAACGAGAGUCCGGCAGACCGGAGGAGUCGCACGGAGCAAUUUUCUCAAGAAAGGACGAAAAACAAAAACCUUUUGGGGAAUUACGUUGGCAAGAAGGGCCGAGAUCGAAGAGGAACAUCCUUUCGCUUAGUUUUUGCAUCCGAAACACAAAGACAGUCCAGAUAGGUUCACGUGACCAAAUUUAACACUACUGAAAAGUUGUCUUUUGCGUUGUUUUUUUCAUGUUCACACUUUUUGAAGUCUUUUCUGCUAACCCGGGUGAAAAAGUGCACUUCCAUAACAUACAUAAAGUGCUCUAAUUUUGUACUUAAUGCACUAAAAAUGAUUCUUUAAAAGCCUUUAAGUGACUGUGCUAUUUUGCGACACCAUGACUACGUGCUCUAAAAUGCUAUUAAAAAUGCAUUUAAUUAACACUUGCAGUAAACUUAAACCGAUCUUUGUAUUAAAGAGGCCCUAGAGAGUGGUACCUAAAUACAUAUUUAGCAUUUUAGUUCAUAUGUAUAGUGUCUCACAGUUGAGCGCACUUAGAUGUUCUUAAGAUGACCUUAAGAAGAAGUACUAAAGAAUCAUUUUUAGUUCAUUAAGUGCAAGAUUAGUAUGCUAAAAUAGAGCACUUUAAGCAUGGAAGUGUCAUUUUUUUUUCACCUGCGAGUAACGUGUAAUUAUUGUACAUAGCUGUACAGUCAUUUACUUUUUUAUGCGAGCAAGAUAACAUAGAGUAAAUGUUUGUAAUCACAAAUUAGGAUGUUGUACAAGUGCUUGACAAUGCCAAUAAUGUGUUAUGUAUUGGACUAUGGCUUUUAUAGGUGGUGUACAGACAAGCACUUUUUCCUUAUUGAAGUAUAAAGUAGAAAACAAAGAUCCAUACACAUAAAAACAGAUGCUUUUUAACUUACGUGUGAUAGGCUACUGUUCUUUAAAACCGCAAUCAGGAGUACUUUGUAUAUUACUAAUGUAAUACAUAUUUAUUUUGUUUAUAUGUUUUUUAAGUUAUUGAUGACAUAGUUUCUACACUUCCAAAUAUCAAAGAUUUUCUUCAGAAGAGAUUAAUAGCUGCAUUAUUAGAACAACACUGUCAUCUUCGAACAAUUGAACGGUCCCGCGUGAAAAGACUCCUAUUCCUAUUUUUUCAUACAAAUUUGAGUCUAAAUAUAUGUAAUGGCAUCGGCUCUGAAGCAUAGUUUUAAUAAAUGUCAUAUGUAUUGAACACUGUAAGCUGAGUAAUGCAUUAAAACGGCAUUGUUUGACACUGAAAGCUAAACAUCUGGAGGAA